UAUUAAUAACAUGAAGUCAGGGAAAAGAGGAAGCAAUUGAUUUUAAAGAUGAGAUCGAUCUAUAUAGUGCUCAUACUAUUUUGUUUUUGUGAUCCGAUUACCUCGCAAAACCCCAUCUGUGGCAUAAAGACCUCUUUUGUGGGAAAGUGCAAGGGUUUUUCCUACAUACCGAGGAAGCAGAGGUGUGUAAGGAUAACUGGCCCCUGCUCCGGAAGAGGAAACUUUUUCAAACACUUAAUGGACUGCAGGGCCAAUUGUGAAGGUUAUCGAGGAAGAUAGAAAAGGCUAUCAAUACUGCGUGACUUUGAUAAAACUGAAAAUCAAAUCCUGUUUAGAAAUAUGCAGUGUGCGAGUUUUCGGGAUGUAAGUAAUACAUAAAUAAACUACAUUAUGUAUUUGGCUCGGCAUUGGCCAAGUGGCACCCUAAA